AAAAGCAGCUUUAGGCUUCUCUUUGGCCAUACUGUACACACCGCUUGAAUAACUGGUGUAGAUAUAAAUAGAAAGUACUAUACGAAAAUACUAUUUUGUAGAAGACGAUCGUUCUGGACGAUUUCGUUCAUUUUGAAUGAAAUUAGGCAUUUAAUUAUAAUUAAGUGAACAAAUUAAGCUCGUGUUUUUUAUAAUUUUUUGAAAAUGACAACACUCAGGCCUUUCACUUGCAACGACUUGUUUAAGUUCAACAAUGUGAAUCUUGACCCGCUCACAGAAACAUAUGGACUUUCAUUUUAUAUGCAUUACCUCUCACACUGGCCAGAAUAUAUUCAAGUGGCAGAAUCUCCAAGCGGUGAAAUUAUGGGUUACAUCAUGGGGAAAGCUGAAGGUCAUGGAGAGAAUUGGCAUGGUCAUGUAACAGCUCUCACAGUUUCCCCUGAUUAUAGGAGAUUGGGUCUCGCUGCAAUGUUAAUGAAAUAUCUUGAGGAUGUAUCAGAAAAGAAACAAGCAUAUUUUGUGGAUCUCUUUGUUAGAGUGAGCAACAAGGUGGCUAUUACAAUGUAUCAACAGUUGGGAUACAUUGUAUAUAGAACAGUAUUGGAAUAUUACAAUGGGGAUCCAGACGAAGAUGCAUAUGGUAGAAGAAUCUCUAAGAAAUCUGAAGAGAUCGCAAAGACGUCUGAGAUUUUUCACGAAACAUUUUCCGGACAUCUUGCGGAGAUUCUUCGAAAAUUGAAUCCGAUCCGAAUUGAAUCCAAUUGAAAAAUUGAAAUCCGUUAUCUGGUUCAUCUUAUUCGUUCGGGCACGAAGUAAUCUCGAAACUUACAAAACGUAGAAGUCUUGUACGUAUUGCACGUAAGCCCUACUUUCAGCUCAUAAUUUGUAACCGCUAGAAGGAAGACGUUUACUAGUUAUGUAGGACACGUCGAACGCGAGUACAAAACUUCUCUCUCUCUCUCUCUCUCUCUCUCUCUAUUCUCACCUUCUAUGUAUGUAUACAGACAAUUCUAAUCGUUACGUAUGUUUUAAUACAUAGUGUUGCACACGUACGUGUUGCGCAGGAACGCAUUGUUAAUUGUCAAGUAGUAAAUCACGUUCCCAAUUACAUCUAUUUGGUCGUGUUCUGUAAACAAAGAAAAAACCACGUAAUCGUGUAUGCCUUAAAUAAAUAUCAGAUACGAGACUAGUUAUCAAAAUUAUGUAAUGAGUAUAUCGGAUUUUUCUUUGCUGAUCGAUGUAUUCACUAGCAUAUAAGAAGCAAAUCCAAACAACUUAUUUAUCUAAAAAACAUCUUCAAGAAGUUUUUAAAAUAUUAUAAUAUCUAUAAGACAUCUUAAAAUGUCAACAUUUUCUGACAAAGAAACGGGCAUUCGACGAUAAGAAGAAAGUAGUCAGUCUCUUUUUUUCCCAAUGAAUGAAAUGUAAAAUAAUCCAUUUGUUAUAUCAAUUCACUAUUCUAAAAUAUAUUAUGUGACUGUUAAAAUAAAA